CCAGUCUGCUGCUGCACAUCCACAGCGGAGCCACCACGCCGAGGAGGCGGACCGACUGUAGCUACACCUCGGCCAGCGGUGCUGGGUUAUAGCGCUGGUGGAGGUUGGGGGGGGGGGGGUGGGAGCAGCACACUGCUCUUCUUGCCCUUCCGAAACCGUGCACAGCCUCAAGCACUGAGGACACCAUCACCUCAGCGGGUCCUGGAAUAGUUUUUCUUUUUCUUUUUUUUUGCCCAGACGCACCAAGUUGCAGCUGCAGAGGCGCACUUUUCUCCGUGGCUCCUCUCUCCCUUUGCGCUCACAAUCCGACAUGGAAGAUGGUCCGUCUUCAACAAGCUGUUUCAGAAGGUUAACGGACUGUUUCCUGGGUGCAAGCUUGACAGAUGAGAAAGUGAAGGCCUACCUCUCGCUGCACCCGCAGAUGCUGGAUGACUUUGUGUUGGAGAGUGUGAGUGCAGAGACGUUGGACAGAUGGCUGAAGAGGAAGACCAGCAGCAGGCCUGCAGAUGACACAGCAGCUAAAGAAGUCAGCAGGCAGUACCAGGACACAAAUAUGCAGGGCGUGGUGUACGAACUCAACAGCUACAUGGAGCAGCGCCUGGACACUGGAGGAGACAACAAACUCCUGCUCUAUGAGUUGUGCAACAUCAUCAAAACAGCAACAAAAGCUGAUGGAUUUGCACUUUACUUCUUGGGAGAAUGCAACAAUAGUUUAUGUUUGUUCACUCCAACGGGGGCCAAGGAUGGCCCCCCAAGCCUCAUCCCCUCUGGCCCCAUCGCAUUUGGGACAACCAUUGCCGCUCAUGUUGCCAAGACUCGCAAAACACUGCUAGUAGAGGACAUCAUGGGGGACGAGCGCUUCCCCGACGGCACAGGGCAGGACUCAGGGAUCCAUGUUCACUCUGUCCUGUGCCUUCCCAUCCUCACUGCCAUCGGGGACCUCAUUGCCAUCCUGGAGCUGCAUCGGCACUGGGGCAAGGAGCCCUUCAACCUCAGCCACCAGGAGGUUGCAACGGCUAAUUUAGCAUGGGCGUCAGUUGCCAUUCAUCAAGUACAGGUGUGCCGAGGCCUCGCCAAACAGACUGAGCUCAAUGACUUCCUACUAGAUGUGUCAAAAACAUACUUUGAUAACAUUGUGGCAAUAGAUUCUCUACUUGAACAUAUUAUGAUAUAUGCAAAAAACCUGGUGAAUGCAGACAGGUGCGCACUCUUCCAGGUAGAUCACAACAACAAAGAACUGUACUCCGACCUGUUCGAUAUUGGGGAGGAGAAAGAAGGCAAACCUGUCUUUAGGAAAACCAAAGAAAUUAGGUUUUCUAUAGACAAGGGAAUAGCUGGCCAAGUGGCUCGGACAGGGGAAGUCUUAAAUAUCCCAGAUGCCUAUGCAGACCCACGGUUCAACCGAGAGGUGGACCUCAAAACCGGCUACACCACGCGGAACAUCCUGUGCAUGCCCAUCGUGAGCAGGGGGACCGUUAUAGGUGUGGUGCAGAUGGUGAACAAGCUAAGCGGAAGUGCCUUCACUAAAACAGAUGAGAACAACUUUAAGAUGUUUGCUGUCUUUUGUGCUCUGGCCUUACACUGUGCAAAUAUGUACCACAGGAUCCGGCACUCUGAAUGCAUUUACAGAGUGACGAUGGAAAAACUGUCUUAUCACAGCAUCUGCACAUCAGAAGAAUGGAAGACCCUUACCCAGCUCAACCUCCCUGCACCCAUUUAUAAAGAGAUUGAAAUGUUCCACUUUGACAUUAGUCCCUUUGAGGAGAUCUGGCCUGCUGUCUUUAUCUACAUGGUUCAUAACUCCUGUGGAAAGACCAGCUUUGAGCUGGAGAAGCUGUGUCGGUUCACCAUGUCUGUACGGAAGAACUACCGACGUGUGCCCUACCACAACUGGAAGCACGCAGUGACAGUGGCACACUGUAUGUACGCCAUCCUACAGAAAACCUCUGGGAUCUUCACAGAGCUAGAGAAGAAGGGUCUGUUGAUAGCCUGUCUGUGCCAUGAUCUGGACCAUCGGGGGUACAGCAAUGCGUACCUACAGAAGUUUGACCAUCCACUGGCUGCUCUGUACUCCACCUCCACCAUGGAGCAGCACCACUUCUCUCAGACUGUCUCCAUCCUACAGCUGGAAGGGCACAAUAUUUUCUCCAACCUGAAUUCCGUCGAGUACGAGCAGGUGCUGGAGAUCAUCCGGAAGGCCAUCAUUGCCACGGAUCUCGCCCUGUACUUCAACAACCACCAGCAGCUGUCGGAGCUGCUGACCUUGGGUGGGCUGGACUUUAACAACCACUCACACAGGGACCGUGUGAUUGGUCUGAUGAUGACAGCAUGUGACCUGUGUUCUGUUACCAAGCAAUGGCAAAUCACACGACUCACAGCCAACGACAUCUAUGCUGAGUUCUGGGCUGAGGGAGAUGAGAUGAAGAAGAUUGGGAUACAGCCGAUCCCUAUGAUGGACCGAGACAAGAAGGAUGAGGUUCCCCAAGGACAAGUGGGAUUCUACAAUGCUGUUGCAAUUCCAUGUUACACAACACUAGCGGAGCUUUUCCCUCCAUCCAGUCCUCUUCUAAAAGCCUGCAAGGAGAACCUGGGCCAGUGGGAGAAGAUAGCACGGGGAGAGGUGGAGGACAUUGUGCCCAGCCGACCUUGUGAUUCAGGCCCUGUCAAGGUGGACAACUGACUACCAAAGGGGUUGCUGGCCCACCGAAGGAAUACAACCUGAAUCCUGCCACUGACCCGGAACUUUGUAGGAGGAUGAACCCACAUCCUGUGUUAGCAGGAGACAGAUCAGCUAAAGGUGGCUUGACUCUGAAAACACACAGUUACCUCAUUGGGUGACGGAGGUGUCAACACUGGCGGUUUCACCGAUCCCAGAGACUGACAGACAGCUGAUGGGGAGGGACUUCAACCCAUCACCCUACGUCCACUCAGCUUGGGAAUUCAUUUGGUAGAAUGGACUUGUGCCGUUUUGGUUGUUUUAUUUUGGCUGUUUUAUGUUAUUAUUAUAAUUUUUUUUUUUUGAGCUUAUUCUUUUGUGGUCUUGUAUUUGCAGAGGCCUUACUCUGAACCUUUCACAGGCUAGGAUAUGUGAAACCUUGUUGUCGGUUCAGGCUUCUUUGAAAUGGUACUGUUUGCCUUCUGUGGUAGGUUUUAUCGUACGCGCACUACUUCAGCAAGGUGUUCCCAGAGACAGAAGGAAUGUGUAGAGCAGAUGUAUGGUGUAAUGCCACCUUGUUGAGAAGGUGGAUGUCAGAAUGUUUUUUUUUUUAUUACUUUUUGAGCAAAAAUCCUUUGCAGUACUUGAAUAAAGAGAUACAGCCUAUUCUAUGUGGAGAUUGCAGAAAUCCCCUGCAGCAUAUUCUACAAAACGUGGAUGAACUGUGACAAGAGGAGUUAGAUAAUGUCGACACUUGUGAACACAGUCACAAGAGAGUCACAAUGCUUCUCCCUGAAGUGGACCCCACAGUACUGCCCCCGGCUCCCCCUGGCAUUUAGGAACCUGCUGCAUAGUUCAUCAGCUUUCUUCAGAUGAACAGGAUCUGAACCCCAGGCCAGCAGUCAUAAUGUUUGUAGGAGGGAGUUCACAAGACAAAAAAGAACAAGAUGCACAAAUAGCAUCAGUUUGAAUUAUUUAUAGUGAGCCAAGACUGCAUACUAUAGAAUUUCCACUCUCAUAACAUUUUUUUUUUCACACCACUAUCACAUCAUGAAUUAUUUUACACAACAAUCUGGUUCCUCUUUAUUAAUCAGUAAUCACUUCUACAGCCAUGAAUAAAACACAUUUAAAAAGAGGAUACUGCACAAGGUGGUUAAUUGGAUUAGAAAGAUUAGCUUGUUUGCAGAGACAUGACAAACUUUUUACAGGUUGUCUACCCAAACCUGUAACACAUGGUUAAGAUGUGAAGAAUUUUAAAGAUGUAAAUUAAAUUAAGAGUGAAGGGCAGAAUAAGUAGUAGCCUAUACAGUCUCAGAUGGUUUCUCUUUUUGACAUAAACGGGUGUCCUCGCAGGUUCACAGCCGCAGUAUGAAACAUUAAUGACACUGAACACUUUGUCAUUUUGCUGUUGAUGCAGGGCACAGCAGCUCAACAGAAGUCUCAGCAGCUGUCAGCUUCAUAUUUGCCCAUGUUGUCAAACCUGUUAAGCUAAAGUGCAUCACAUAUAAAUCUCUGGGACUGCAACUCAAGAAUGUUGGUUGACUUUUUCGCAGGCGUGUAACCGAAGCUCCCCUCAUAUCCACAACCUGCCGAAGGAAAUAAGUCAUCUUCCCUUACGCUCAGUCUCUGCAAGGGGGUGCAUUUGGACUCUUUCAAAUGAGUUCCCAAGAUCUUCCAAAAGACAAAUUAUUUUGUCUGAAACUGUCAUUCCAGUGGACACUGUCCCUCCAAGACUGAAAUUACCACUCAAAUUAUUUGUUUUACAACUUGUACUGUGGUCCCCCCGGUGGUGUGAAUGUACACUUUGAUGAAUGUUUUGGGGUUUUUUUGAUUGCAGAUCCUCGGUGGUGGCAUGUGGGUUGUAGUGCGCCAUCAGUUUCCAUGAUGUGCUCUGUCUUACUUUUCAGAAUUGCUUCCAGUAAGCUUCAACCAAGAGCAACAAUUAGCAUGCACCUAAACUGAAGUUUAUAUUUAGUUUUGCAUAUACCGUAAUAGGUGUAUACUGUGUACAACCUAGGAAUUAGUUUGUACAGACUGAGACGUUCGCUCUGAUGGUGCUAAACUGAACGGCAGUCAUGCGCUCUCUGACUGGGUGUGCAGACUGUGUGUGUGUGUGUGUGUGUGCGUGUGUGUGUGUGUGUGAGAGAGAGAGAGAGAGAGAGAGCGAGAGAGAGAGAGAGAGAGAGAAAGCUUUUGACUGUCUCUUUCCCCACUCCAACCCCACCUGAGAACAUGGUUAAGUCCAUAACACUGCACUGUCCCUUCUACUUUUCAGCACCAGUUAUAUCCCAUUGUCUGCACUAUGUUUAGCUUAUGAUCUUUAUCAUUAUUAUUAUUGAUGAUUAUUAUUAUUGCUCUUAUUACUAUUGUUAUUUUCUUAAUUAGAGUUAAAUUUAAAUUAACUUAUAUUUUUUAUACAAAGGAAAAUAAUGUUGGCCUUUUUGUUUUGUACAAAGUAAACAUCAAGAUAAACAAAACGGUCUAGACAUGUUACUGUUACCCAGAAUAAUUGAGGAAUGUCUCAACUGUAAAUGUAAGAGCAGUAGCCCAAAAGACUUUUAUUAAAUACCUGA